GUAGCGACCAUAUACUUCACAGGGAAGCCAAUGCAAGUAACACUUUCAAGCUACACCUGGCACGAACGUUGAACAGCUGGAGAUUUUCAGACCUAAAGGCAACUUAUCGCUUGCGUUGCCUGUUAGCAUGAGCCAAAAUUAGUCGUGUGCAGUCCCCUGACGGGGUAGUGGCAUCGACUGAGAAGGGAAGCGAGGAGUCCGGCCCGGAACUGCCGCACUAUGGCGGGUAUUCCUCCUGCCCCUUCCCCGGGCGUCGUAGCUAAGAAGCCCGCAAGACGCUGCGCAGAGGUGUGCCUGGAGUUGCUGUGUGCGGAGAGCGUGCGGUUGUUCCACGCCAAACAGAGCGGCCCUGCAGCGGCGGCGGCAUUGGAGGCGGUGGGCUACCGUGUUGGCCAACAGCUGGCGGAGAGGUACACGCGCGACAAACCCCGCCUGGGCGACACGCUUGAAAUUAUCAAGUUUGUGUGCAAGGACUUUUGGCAGGCGCUGUUUAAGAAGCAGGUGGACAACCUCAAAACCAACCACAGGGGUGUGUACGUGCUGCAGGACAACGGCUUCCGGUGGCUGCAGCGCCUGUCGCCGCCCGCGCCCGGCUCCGACCCAGGGCGCGAGGAGGCGGCGCGGCAGCUGGCGCUCAGCUACCUGCACCUACCCUGCGGCAUUGUGCGGGGGGCGCUGUGCCACCUGGGCGUCAUCUGCACCGUGGAGGCGGACCCCAAGCAGAUGCCCAGCUGCACGUUCACAAUCCGAAUCAUGGCAUGAGGGCCUGCCAAGACCUGGUGCACUGGAUUGCAGCCCUUGUUGCAGCCCCGCUUUAUGGCGGGAGCGGAGGUUAAGGCCGCCGCUCGUCCGCGCUGCUGACGUGUCCUGAAGUGCCGCUUGGCACGACGGUUUCGUGCGGAUACCCGAGGCUGUGCAGACUGACGUAACAGAGGACGUCAGAUUGAUGGCGCCAGAGAUCGGUGCAGUGCAGUGUUCCUCAAGGUCAGGAGAUGCUCAAGUCGCACGGCAUAGGAUUGGGAGGGCCGUGAACGCGAUGGACCAAAACGGCGUCGCACCGUGCUGUGACGC